UCAGGAAAGGGCUACAAUGAGUGAUAGUAGCUGUAGAGAAGGAGAAUAGACUCGCGGUUAUGAUGCUGAUCACCACAAAACCAACCCCUCGAUCCAAACGGAUUUGCGAUUUUAAUGAAAAAAGAAAAAACAGGUUUUUGUCUGGAUAUAUGCGAAGCACUCAUUGAUGGAAACGUUCAAAUUACUGUGGAAAUGAGACCCAUUCGAGUGUGGAAACAGGCAGCGCUUUGGCUGUUUGUUUUCUCUCUAUUACGGAAUACAGUUGGAGCUCAAAUUCGAUACACUAUACCAGAGGAACUAAAAGAAGGUUCUGUUGUUGGAAACAUAGCAAGGGACAUUGGUCUAGACAUUUCUGACAUCGCCAAUCGUAAGUUACGGAUAGCCUCUGAUUCUAGUACGCAGUAUUUCAGUGUGGAUACAAGGAACGGUGAGCUGAUAGUCAAUUGUAGAAUAGAUAGAGAGGUGCUCUGUGGACAAAGCGCCAGUUGUCUGAUGCCAUUACAACUGGUUAUAGAGAAUCCACUGCAGUUAUAUCGUGUUAAUAUAGAAAUACAAGAUAUAAAUGACAAUGCACCGAAUUUUCACACAAAAGACAGCAUUUUGAAAAUAGCUGAAUCAGUAGCGUUGGGCGCUAAGUUCCCAUUUGAAAGUGCCGAGGAUUUAGAUGUCGGUAGCAACAGUCUGAAAUCCUACGCUUUGAGUAAUAACGCCUUUUUCCGUUUAAAUGUGAAAACUCUUGAAGAUGGUAAGAAAGUACCAGAACUGAUAGUUGAUAGACCACUCGAUCGAGAGAAACAAUUUGUACAUAAGCUCAUUUUAACAGCAUUAGACGGUGGCGAUCCUGUAAAAUCAGGAACUAUUAUGAUACAAGUAAUUGUUCAAGAUACUAAUGACAAUGAGCCGAAAUUUGAACAAUCGCAAUAUAAAGCAUAUGUGCAGGAGGGUACGACAUUUGGUUCAAGUGUCUUAACCGUGAAAGCCACUGAUUUAGAUGAAGGUCUAAACGGCGAAAUACAGUAUUUUUUCGGUGCACGUACACCAGAUAACGUGAGGAAAUCUUUUAAUAUCAAUUCUGAAACCGGAGAAAUCACAGUGAUUGGAAAACUUGAUUACGAAUUAACAAAAUUAUACACGUUUGAUGUCUGCGCUAAAGACAAAGGAAGCCCAGAGCAGGAGGGCCAUUCUUCAGUGAUGCUGCACGUCAUUGAUGAGAAUGACAAUAUUCCUGAAAUUAUUUUGACAUCUUUACCAAGCCCUGUGUCAGAGAAUGCAACAGUCGGUACAGUCGUAGCUUUAAUCAACGUUAAAGAUUUGGACUCGGGUGAUAAUGGCAAAGUAAAUCUUACCAUCUCCACUCGUUUUCCUUUUAAACUAAAACCAGCAUUUGACAAUCACUAUUCUUUGGUGACUAGCUCACUUUUGGACCGUGAAGCUAAUUCAGAAUAUGACAUAAAAUUAGUAGCUUCAGAUUCUGGUGGACCAUCUUUAAAAUCUACGAAAACUGUAAAUGUAAAAAUACUUGAUGUGAAUGACAACCCUCCAGUAUUCUCACAGCCCUCGUAUACAGUGUACAUAAAGGAAAAUAGCCCGCCAGGUGCUUCAUUGUUUUCUGUAUCUGCAUCUGAUAUUGACCAAGACAAAAACGCAAUACUGAGUUAUUCAAUCCUCGAUUUAACUUCAAAUCAAUUUCCAGCAUCAUCUUAUUUUUAUAUAAACUCUGAAAACGGAACUAUUUACACCAUGAGCUCUUUUGAUUAUGAAAAAACGAAACUGUUCAGCAUUGCAGUGCAGGCUAAAGAUCAUGGCUCUCCGCCCCUGAGUAGCAAUGCAACUGUUCAUGUGUUUAUUUUGGACCAUAACGAUAAUGCACCUGCUGUCGUUUACCCGUCCACAUCCAUGGGGUCUGUCUCUCAUCAGAGGAUGCCCCGUUCUGCUAAAGCAGGACAUCUCGUUACUAAGGUAACAGCAGUGGACGCGGACUCGGGUCAUAACGCCUGGCUGUUCUACAGGCUCGCGGAGGCCACGGACGCGUCUCUGUUCAGUGUCAAUUUACAUACGGGAGAGGUGAGGACUAAACGCGCUGUUUCAGAGCACGACGACUCCUCUCAGAGACUGCUGAUAGAAAUAAAGGAUAAUGGAGAACCGAUCCAGUCCACCACAGUCACAGUGGAUAUACUGAUAGAGGACGGCUUUCAUGAGCCAAUCUCAGACUAUAGAGAGAAAACGAUCGAGCCCAAUAAGAAAACUGGAAAAAUUACAUUAUAUCUGAUCAUCUCUUUAGCUUCAGUGUCAUUGUUGUGUCUAUUGACGUUUUUCAUCUUACUGGUGAAAUGUGCCCGAGGCAGUAGAAGCUGCUGUAUCAGGAGGACAAACUCUGAAUACAAGAACCCCAACAGAAACCUGCAGAUCCAGCUCAACACUGACGGGCCCAUUAAGUAUGUGGAGGUUCUGGGAGGAGACAUGAUGUCUCAGAGUCAGUCCUUUGGCUCCUAUCUCUCUCCAAUGUCAGAAUUCAGUGAUCUCACCCUCGUUAAACCCAGCAGCACCACAAACUUUACAGACACAUUAAACGUGCUUGACGCGUCGUUACCAGACAGCGCGUGGACGUUUGAGAGCCAACAGGUGAGAAACAGAAUAAUGCUUCAUUAA